AACGUACUCGAUGAACGGCCUUUGAUCAUCACACUUUCGAGCUGCAGCUGACAUUCGAAUCAAAUAUUGAUGAUAAUCAAGCAACAAUAAUGGCCAUCGAUGAAAAUAUUAUCGAAGGUUUACAAGAUGAACAAGAUGAUAAACAGAUAUUUAUACUCGGUACAGAUAUAACGAAAAUUCCAUGUUUCAAGGAUUCAUUCCUGACCGGUAUUUAUGCCGGUUUUGGUUGUGGUAUAGCAUCAUUUUUGGCUACAAGUCGAGUGCUACAAUCGACAAAUAUUUCGAUUCUAUCAUUUGCAUUGGUUACCUAUGGUUAUUGGUUCAAUUGUCGAAUGAAAUGGGCCAAAGAUAGUUUUAAUUGUCGCCAAGCCGAAGGAACGUUUGCCGAAGAAAUCGAAAUGAUCAAAUCACGCAAAACAAACAAGAUAACCGAAGACUAUUAACAUCCAUUCAGAUCCAUUUAGAUUGGCUUGUA